GAGAGGUGCAUGUAGCUCUUUUUUUGUGACCAGUGAGAGCUUAAGACCCAUUACAGGCAGUGUAAAAGCAUUAUUUGGGCAGGCCCAUUGUUGAAGGAGAGGGCCUGCUGGGACUUUUGAAAGCCCCUUGUGUCCUGUUGCCAUUUACGUGACUUAAGACAGCUUUGUAGAGCUCUUCGACCAGACGAAAACAUCAGUAAAUGAAACGCCACUCUUGCUCCACCUUUGAAAAAGCAUUAAAACCCAAAGACUUUCUGGUUGGAAGAGAAAAUGCUUUUGUUCUGCAGCCCUGACUUCCGGGAGGUAAACGGAACGGAACCUUCGUAAUAGGCUGUCGUUUCCUUGACGAGGGGCACUUGGUGGACUCACUCUUUGAGGAGUCCGGACGACUUUCAGCAUUGGACUCACUGGAGGAAAGGUCCGGCCUGAAGACGGCGGGGAAUGCAAGGUAGAAGUAAACAGCAUUAAUCAGAAAUAGACACCAGUACUUUGGUUUGGAUAAGGGAAGCUGCUCAUCAAUAUUCAUUUAUGGCUUCAUUUCUCAAGAUGCUGGAUUCUCUCUUUUUGCUAAACAAACCCCACUGGCAAAAUAGCCUGUGUAGGACUUUUGCAGAAAGUUACUAUCCAAAGUGGUAUAGUAGCUAUCAGAGACCAGGAACAUCUAUUGACAAAACUUCACCAUGGAAGAAAAUUGACGUCACUUUUAAAAAAGGAGUGGAAGAAAUCAAAACACAGUGUGGACUCUUAAAGAAAGAAGUGGUUGAUUUUUUUAAAGAGGUGAACCAAAAUCAACUAGAAGAUUAUAUGAUGAAUCAGACAAAAGUGAUAUGGGAAUUUCGUAGUGAACAAGAUUUAAAUAAAUGGGUGCUCAGUUCUGAUGCAGAGAUUGGAGGGAAAAGUGAAAUCCAUCUAAAACUAGAUAAGAAUAAACAGUCUGCUAUCCUGUAUGGGAACCUCAAUACUACUGUACCUCGUGAUGGAGUGACAAAAUAUAGUGGAUAUUGUGCCAUGGUAUCAAAACCAGAACUGAUUGCUUUUCAUCGUACGAAAUUAUAUGAUUGGUCAAAUUUUAAUAGUCUAUACCUGCGUGUCCGUGGUGAUGGUAGACCAUGGAUGAUAAACAUCAGUCCAAACAAAUACAACUCUACUCGGAUGAAGGAUGUUUACAACUACUUCAUAUUCCCCCGAGGGGGGCCAUAUUGGGAGGAAAUCCAGGUUCCAUUUUCUAAGUUCUUUUUUUCAAGCCAAGGGAGAAUCCAGGAUGGCCAAUAUGAAAUCUGGCCAGAUAGGAUCAGUACAUUGGGAUUAACCAUUGCUGAUAAAGUAGAUGGUCCAUUCCAGCUGGAAAUAGACUUCAUUGGAUUGUUGAGUGACAGAGCACAUACAGAAUCAUUUGCCUACGAGCUCUAUGAAAAAAAUCUGAAGAAAUAGAACAUGUGGAGGACUGUUGUUAAGAUCAAUUUAGAAUAUUUCUGCAAUUAUAUACCAUUCUAUAGUAAUCUGCAGUUGAGUAGUGAAUUUAUCAGUGAAUAUGAGCUAUAUAUGCAAUUAGCCAUAGGAAAACAACAAAAAUCAAUACAGUAAAAUAAUAUUGGAGCACUACAGUAGUGCCAUCUAGCAUGCAGCCAUUUAUCUACCACCUGCGUUUUAAUGGUGGUGGGAAGUGGAACUAAUGUGCACAGGCUCCCUUGGCCCCAAUUAAUAAAGAACAUCUGUAUCAGAA